GCUUCACGACCUGAGAGGUCGAUGGAAGCUGCUCGGACGACCGAGCUAAAAGAAAGAACCAGGGUUUAGAAUGGCCAUGGGAAAAAUCCUCUCUCGUCUGAUCCUUGAUGACCCCUUAAUCCCUUUACUAAAUAGGGGUGAACAGCCUGCUGCAGUAGUUGCCACCCGUAAUUCCCCAGCUUUAACCCUAUUGCACGACCUGAAACCUGGUCGGUUCCUAGACGACCUACUGGAGAAUCCAUCGAAGUCGUGGAAUGAAGUGAAUGAUAGGUCAGCAAGUUUCAUAUUGUCAGAAGACCUCCAAUCAUCUAAGUGGCGAGUUGACGAUAAACAAAGUAAGGAGCAUAAGCAGCUUGAAGCAAGGGAAAAGAAGAAAAAGCAGAAGAUACAGCAUUGGGUCAAGAGACCACCUCCUCAGACGCAUGAAUAUCCACGAGCUGACAAGAGCAAAUAUUGUGACUUUCACCAGGGUUAUGGUCAUAACACAGAUGACUGUCAGAGCUUGAAGGACAAGAAUAUUCCCAAUCUCAAGGACAGGGACAAGGAUAUCAACUCAGCGGCAACCAAAAUCAUUACUAGCGGGAUACCCCUACUGUCUGGCACAAGCAAUAUGAUUUCGGGUGACAUGCAUUCAGGAGGACAAAGUACCAGAGCACGGGAGGAGCCUAAUAUUGUGAUGCCCUAUGCAAACCCCUUUGUAGCAACAAUGCACAUAGGCAAUCAUAACGUCAACAAAGUCUUCAUUGAUACAAGUAGCUCUCCAGAUAUCUUAUAUUGGAGCUGCUUUCAGAAGAUGCAAUUAAACUCAGCUUCCAUGCAGAGAUAUGAAGGGCCGAUAUAUGGAUUCAAUAAUCAGCCUGUUCCGGUCAAAGGGGUGAUCACUCUUCCAAUCUAUGUAGGUACAGAGCCGCGGUUCAGGAUGGCGUCUGUCAGCUUCUUGGUGGUUAAGAUGGAGUCAGCAUACAAUGCCAUAAUUGGGAGAGCCACGUUGUGCAAGCUGAAAGCUGUCAUUUCCCAGCCACACCUUUGUAUGAAAUUCCCAACUCCUCAGGGAAUAAGGAUGCUUAAAGGAAAUCAAAAAAUGGCUAGAGCAUACUACCAUGACACUUUCAAGAAAGUUGAACCCGCUCCAAUGCCAAAACUCCUUCUCUGGUUACUAGACCAAACUAACCAGAUGAAAUGCUUGGAAUUCCGGCGGAGUUGGCAGUCCACAAGCUUAGCACUGACCCGACCAGAAGACCCGUGGUGGGUUAACUACUCACAAUGGGUGUCCAAUCCCGUGCUUGUCAAGAAGCCCAAUGGCAAGUGGAGAAUGUGCAUUGACUUCACCAACUUGAAUGACGCCUGCCCUAAGGACCCCCACCCAUUGCCUAAUGUUGAAAAGCUGGUAAAACGAGCUGCUGGUCAUGAACGCAUGCGUUUUUUGGAUGCCAGUUCCGGAUAUCAUCAGGUUCAGUUGUGGUUGGAUAACCAGGAAAAGACAGCAUUUUACGCGGGGGAUGCAAUUUAUUGCUAUGUUAUGAUGCCAUUCGGUUUAAAGAAUGCUGGUGCAACAUAUCAAAAGUUAGUUCAGGUCAUAUUCAAGCUUCAAAUCGGACAAAACAUUGAAAUGCGAUUAAACCCAUUGAAAUGUAUGUUUGCUGUGGAAUCGGGCAAGUUCCUGGGGUAUGUGGUGUCCAAGAAAGGAAUUGAGGUCAACUCGAAUAAGGUUGUGGUUGUGCAGCAGAUGGAACCUUCUAAGACAGUGCAAGAUGUGCAACGUCUAACAGGUCAUCUUGCCGCCCUACAUAGAUUCAUCGUCAGGUCGGCAGAAAAGUGCCUCCCAUUCUUCAGAGCUUUGCGAGAGCCAAAAAGUUUCCAGUGGACGAAUGAAUGCCAACAGGCUUUUGAUGAGCUUAAGCAAUACCUGGCAUCACCACCCUUGCUUUCCAAACCUGUUGAAGGAGAAAGGUUGUACUUAUAUCUAGGGAUAACAGAUGAGGCAGUCAGUUCAAUUCUGUUAAGGGAGCAAGAUAAACAGCAGAAGCCAAUCUGUUAUAUCAGCAAAGUCUUGGCUUAUUUCCAAUCUCACGAAAUCAUUAUCUACACCAACCUACCGCUAAAAAAGAUAUUGCAGAAACCAGAGCUUUCUAGUUGGCUAAUUGGAUGGGCGGUCGAGCUGAGCAAAUAUGACCUUAAAUUUCAACCGCGCACAGCCAUCAAGGGUCAAACUCUAGCAGACUUCAUAGUGGAGUGCCACCCACCAACUGUAGAAGAAGUCUUGCCGGUAGGACCGGUAUGGGCUUUGUUUGUAGAUGAGGCUACAAGCGUUGAAGGAUCAGAGGCAGGGGCAGUGCUUAUAGGGCCAAACGGUUUCAAAUCUGAGCAAGGGUUGAGAUUCAGUUUUAAGACCAUGAAUAAUGCUGCCGAGUAUGAAGCACUCAUUUAUGGUCUGAAGUUAGCAUCCGACCUGAGAGCGCAGCACAUAAGAGUCUUCAGUGACUCCCAACUUGUAGUAAACCAAGUAAAUGGAAGUUGUGAUGUUAGAGACCCUCAGCUCGGUCGCUACGCCUCUAUGGUUAGCAAGAUGAAGGCGAAAUUUAUUUCAUUUCAGAUUGAUAAGAUACCAAGGGCAGAUAAUAGACGAGCUGAUGAGUUAUCAAAGCUGGCUUCGUCACACGAUAUCAACCCUCAUAGGACGACAAUUGUUGAGAUCCUGGAUGCACUGAGCUACACUGACUUGAGGGACGAGUGCCUGCUAUUGAGUACAGAUCCCUGAUCACCGAGCUGGACUACACCACUGAUUAAUUACUUGCGAAGUGGUGAAUUGCCUAAGGAUCCAUCUAAUGCUCGAUUGAUUAGGCAUAGGGUGGCACAUUUUACUAUAAUCAAUGAUCAGUUGUAUA